AAAAAGCUCUAGUAAUUGAUUUCAUUAUAAAAACGUGGUAUCUUUUGAAGAAAAUGUAACACAUGUGACGGAGAUAGAAAAAAAAAUAUCAAUGAAUAGAUUAAGUUCGCGUUGUUCUUUUUCUUUUCAUCUUGGGAAUGAUGAACUACAACAACCAUACCAGUCCUUCUUAUAAUGUCCCAUCACAACCUUCUCCAUCAUCUCCUUUAAAUACACAACAGUUUUCUCCUCAGAUGGAAUCAAAAAGAACAAAGCGACAUUAUCCUCGUUUGCAGGCACAGGAAAUUCCUACAGUCUCAUCUAAUCUCGGGUAUCCUCAACCUUCUUUUCAACAAGCAAUGCCGCCUUUCCAGCAAGCAAUGCCACCUUUCCAACAACAGAAUACUUUAGUUCAACCUCAAAAUCCUUCUUACCAGCAGCCACAAGUAAUGUCCAGUUUUAUUGCCUCCAAUUCUUUUCAACAACAACUACAGCCACAACCAAGCACUUUUGAAAACGGUUAUAAUCAAGCUCUUAAUGGUAUAGAAAACAUCAGCAUUAAUCAACAACCAUCCUUAAGACAAGAUGUUCCACUUGUUGGUCAACCUCCUCUUAUUCAAGACCUGCAUCAAGAAAUAAGUUUACCUCAAAUUCCUCCUAAUUUUACAGCAACAGGCUCCCCUUCUGCACAGGUCAAUGCACAUUUUAAUUAUGCUACCGUAAAUUCCUUCCCAUAUUCCAACUCUUUACACAAAAAAUCAAAAGUACCAUUAGCUUUAAUUUUACAACCUUAUCUUCAGUCUGAUGCGGAAAAGAUAAAUGUGCCUGUUGUACCUGAUACAGUAGUAACUCGUUGUACACGUUGUAAGACAUAUAUUAAUCCUUUUGUCCAAUUUACAACUGGUGCAUUAAAAUGGAAAUGCAAUAUGUGUGAUAUGGAAAAUGAUGUACCUCAGGCUUUUGAUUGGGAUAUUAUUAACCAACAAAAGACAGACCGAUAUAGUCGAGCAGAAUUAAACUAUGGAUGUGUUGAUUUCAUUGCUCCUGCUGAAUAUAUCGUUCGCCCACCUCAACCCCCUGUUUACGUCUUUGUCAUUGAUACCUCGUUUCAAGCAGCACAGACAGGCAUGAUUCAUGUAGUUGCAGAUGCUAUCUUAAAUGCUUUAGAUAAGAUUCCUAAUGAGGAUGGUCGUGCCAAAGUUGGGUUUAUUACAGUAGAUAAUGCUGUUGGGUUCUAUAAACUGUUAUCAUCUGAUAACGAGCCCGAAAUUUUAGUUGUAGGUGAUUUACAAGAUAUGUAUUUACCAAGAGCUGCAUCCGAGUUAAUUGUUAACUUGGUGGAAAGCCGAGCUACAAUAGAGAAUUUAUUAACAAAAAUGAAGACAAUGUAUUCCAAUUCACAUUCACCAUCUAAUUGUUUAGGUUCUGCUUUACAAGCUGCUCGAAAAUUAUUGUCACCCACAGGUGGCAAGAUUAUUUGCUUCCAAGCAAGUAUUCCUAAUGUAGGUGAAGGUAUAAUCAAAGCCAAAGCAGAUGGAGGAAAAUCUGUAGUCGAUAUACCACUUAUGACAGCCUCUAAUGGUUUCUACAAAACAUUUGCUGGUGAAUGUACAAAGUUACAAAUUUGUGCAGAUAUGUUUAUCUUUGGUGGAAAUCAAUCAUCCGAUGUAGCUACACUGAAUGUGAUUCCUCGAUUUACAGGUGGACAGACGCAUUUCUUCCCAGGAUUUAAUGCAGCUACACAUCCUGAAGACUGUUUAAAACUUAAGGAAGAGGUAGUAUCACUCUUAUCUGAGGAAGUUGGAUUAGAGGCUGUUAUGCGUACCCGUUGCUCUCAGGGUAUAGUGUGUCAUGCCUUCUUUGGUAAUUGUACUACUCGUAUUCCAGAUAUCAUGGCCUUACCGAACGUGCCUCGCGAUCAAUCUUAUUGUAUUGAAUUAGCUAUUGAAGAAGAGAUCAAAUCAAACUUUGUUUAUUUCCAGACCGCACUUUUAUAUACUACUUGUUUUGGUGAACGUCGUAUUCGUGUUAUGAAUUUAUGUCUUCCAGUUACAAAGAGUAUUUCAGAAUUAUAUGCCUCCGUUAAUCAAGUUGCUUUAGCUAGAACACUUUGUCAUCAAGCUUUGGAUAAGGGAGCCAAUAGUAAACUACGUGAUGCACGAGAUUAUUUGUCUAAAUCAACUAUUGAUAUCUUUGUAGCCUACAGUAAGGAAGUCAUGGGUAUUAGUUCAGCGAAUGCACAAUUAACAGUCUGUCGCCCCUUGAGUCUUCUACCUCUUUUGAUAUUGGGAAUAUUAAAAUCGGAAGCAUUUAAUGAUGCUCCUAUUUUAGCCGAUACUCGAUCACAGUCAGCUAUCUUGCUGCGAACUUUACCGACUCGUGUAUGGACUCGUUACGUUCAUCCAAACUUUUAUUCCCUUCAUAAUAUGCCACAGAUGGCGGGUAUCUUGGAUAACCAAACUGGACAAAUCACAAUGCCGCCCGAGACUCAUCUAUCAAGUGAAAAAUUAGAGACACAUGGUUGUUAUUUGUUAGAAAAUGGACAAGCCAUCUAUAUAUGGAUUGGAAAAAAUGCAGUACCUCAACUAUGUAAAGAUUUGCUAGGUGUUGCUUCUAUAGCAGAUGUGAAAUCUGGACAGAUCAUUAUGUUACCUCGUAUCAAGUCAGCAAUUUCAGAGAGAGUAUCCAAUAUAAUCCAGUAUUUACAAACUAAGCGUAAAAUCACUUAUUAUCCAACAAUUUAUAUUGUUAAAGAAGAUGGUGAUCCUUUACUUCGUAGUCGUUUCUUAAACCAUUUAUUAGAAGAUCGUCAACCUACAGGACCCAAUACUGCUGGAGCAAAUCAACAAAAUGUUAGCUCUGGAAUGAGUUAUUUCCAAUGGUUAGGAUACGUUAGAUCAAAAUGUCAAUCAUAAAUAAAUAUAUACAUAUAUACAUUUAAUGUGUGUAGAAUUAAUAUUUUA